AAUUACAAAAUAAGUUUAAAAAAUUAACUGAUGACAAUAAAAAAUUGAAAUUCACAAAAGUUCAAAACUCUGAAAUAAUAAAUGAGCUUAAGAAUAAAUUAUAUGUGCAAAACAAACCAAUAUUCUUUUCAAAGUCUAAAGAUGAUAAACUUCAAGAGAAAAACAAUCUAUUUGAGAAGCAUAUAAGAAAAUUUUUUGAGAUUCUUAAUAAAGAAAAUAAAGAAACAGUACAUACUGGACUUUCAAUCGAUCGUAAGACCAAAAAAAGUGGUGCGAACAUGAGAAUUGAGUUUAAACUAAAAGAAAUCUUGAAUAAUUUUCAAAAAGAAAGAUUAGAAAAAGAUCAAGAUGAUGCUUGGUUAAUGAGAGUGACAAAAUUUUCACAUAAAAAAAAAAGUGAGUUAAUUCAAAUUGCAACUAAUUAUGAAGAAAAAUUAGACCUAUUAGAGAAAGAAAUAAAAUAUGUUGUCGAUACGUUAAGGAAAGUUAUUGAAGCUAAAAUAAAUACUGAUUUGGAAAAAGAAAUAGAUUUAGAAUCCAAAAAAAUACAGUUAGAGGUCCAAAUUAAAGAGUUAGAAAACAAUAGUGAUCUAAAAAUUUUGCAAACAAUAUUAAAUGAAUUAACUCUUGAAAAUAUAAAUUUAAGAACUUUAAAUCAUAAAAAUUCUA